UCUCACUGCAUAACCUUAGCUUGCCUGGAAUUCACAGAAAGUAUACUUGAGUGCUGGGCUUAAAAGUGUUCACCACAGUGUUCGGUGUUUUGUUGUUGGUGCUAGUUUUUUUUUUUUUAAUCAAAUAUUUUCUAAGUCAGAGAAGAUCAGGAACCAUACAUCUAAGCUCCCCCUCUUUUAAAGACUAACACAAAGAAUUUUGAGUGGCCCCAAAUUAUGUGAAAUUUCCAUGUCUGAUUUCAUUUCCAAACAGAGAUGAAAUAGCUAUUGGCAGUUGAUUCUAUUAUUGAUGGUGAAAGACAGUGUUAAAGUCUGUUUGUUGAGAUCUGUUGUAGAUGAGAUGAUGGACUGAAGACACGUCAUUGAAAAGCUUACAGGAGAGUGUACAUGUAGCAUGGAAACCAUCCGUGAGAUGGUUAGCCAUGUGACUUAGGUAUGUGUUUUAUUCUGCCUGUCAUUUGGAGUCACCACCCUUGGAAGGAAUCUUCCUUUCCCUGGAGGACAUUAUUCUAGUAUCUUUCCCUUUGAGCAUAUUCUUCAAUGGCUUGGAUCAAACACCCCCAGUUCACAAUAGAAGUUGAUCUGCAAAGAAAGAUGCAUUCCUUUAAAUGGUAUUCAAGAUCUAACUUGUAGGCACUUUCAGUAAAGCUUCUUUAAUCAAAGCAGGGUGCCAUGUCUAGGCCAUGUUCUUUGAAUUCUGUGUUUCCUAAUUUCUCUGGCAUUUUAGGUUCAUGUGUGUGGUGAUUUUAACUUCUUCCUCAACCCAAAGCUGUGGAUUCCUUUUGAUUUGUGAGACAUCUUUAGAUGCCUAACUUAUGUGACUGUUGGGCAGAAAUAAAAACACUCUUUUUCUGCACAGCCUGGUCAUAGGAGCAAGACCAAAAGAGACAGACUUACUGAGAACAUGCAUGCAGGCAUCAUUUCUUUCUUACUAUGAAAUUUACCAUAGUGCAAAGAUUGGGAACAAUGAACACAAAGAAACAAAGAAAACUUGGUGGUUGGAAUGCUAUAGGCUAAGUUCAGGGAAGCAGGGGGACCUUGCCUCAUUUCCCAUUCCUUAGACUUAUUACAGUUGUAGACUACCAUGGAAACAUCUAGGAUUAAGGUGGCAUUAUGUGUAAAGCAUUCAAUGAGUACCUCCGGGAAGAAAAGCCCAAGCAGGUAUACAUUCCAUAAGUAGUUUAUCCAUGAAAGGGUUACUUGGGGGAGAAGAGUGGAACACAGUGCCUGAAUUUCUUGUCUCCUGGAGUUAAUUGACUUUACUGAAACUUAGGACCAGAAGUUGAAACUAGGAUUGUUUUUCUGUGUUUGCCUCUUAGUGGACCGUUCCUUAAAGUUGUCAAUAGCUAUGGCCAAGAUUUCCAAACGGGAAAUCACUCUUUACGUGCCAGGGAGCGUGGCUUUCUGAAAUAGAUUCUGCAGCCGAAAAGAACUCCGAGGGUUUUCUGAGAAGGGCUGACCUCCUUUCAUGCCACUUACUGUGAAUUAAAGCUGCAAGGGAGAACUAGUUUGGGCAUGUGGCAUAGCACUUAGCACCGCUGCUGCCAGGGAACAAGAUUUGUGUUUCUAAGGAGAUACAACAAAAAGGAGAAUGCUUUAAAAGCCAGCGGCUGUCAGAGUAUAAAAGUAUCUAUGUUGAGAAAGGGAAAUAGAAGCUGAAUUAAGUAAUUUUAUACACAUGUUACAGGGCACCCUUCUGUUAGUAAUUCUUAAAUUCAAAAGCAAAUAGUUGUGACCACAAAGGGCUUAGUACAUCUCAACUGAUCUAAGCUUGCAGACCCAAACUGGCUGUGAUUGGUACUGACCUGAGCCCUGCACGUGAUGUUAAGAUGCCCUGACUCUUGUCUGUUUUUCGGUUGGGUUGUAUUAAUAACGGGGAACAAAGGGUGACUUCAUCAAGCAGAGGCUUGAGCAGCUACUUGACAAUAUAUUCUGAAUAAAGAUAGGAAAAAAGUUCUGCUUCUAACAGCGAGAGUAGCAAAAACUGAGUAAAACAAGAGGAGCAAAACAGCCUCUUUAAAUGCCCAGAUCAACCUCUUUGCAAAUAUUCCCUCCUUUGCUGGCAUGUAGGAUGUCCUGGGAUUUAACUGGAUGAAGCAUCACCACAGGAUAGAAAUCACAGGGAGAGGGCACCCAGGAAAAAAUACAGUACUGCUAUAUUUACGUAGUGCCUCUGCACUAGGGUUUUAUUUUCCACAGUUGGAAGGGGAACCACCUGUCUCAACUGCUGAUGUCAGAGAGCUCCCUCGAGACUCGGAGCUGUUGGAAAGCACAUGAUACUGUACAUAUUUGCUCUUACGUCCAUAUCUGGCUGGGAUCAGGUUUCAUAUUUGUGUCCUAUUGUGGAAUUCAUUGAGUAGUGACUCCCAGGUGCCUUCCGACGUCACUGUGCCUGUGUGAAUUAAAGAGUAGCCGGUGCAAGCCUCUGUUGUGACUUUCUUGACUGGUCAUAGGAGUAUUUGCACUGCAGCAGAACAAGUGACAUGGAUGUUGGGACUGUCAUCCAUGGAUUCGGUUUUGAAAUGUGCUGCUCUGGUUGGUGAGGACCAGCCUCUUUGCCCAGAUCUUCCCGAACUUGACCUUUCUGAACUUGAUGUGAAUGACUUGGACACAGACAGCUUUCUGGGUGGACUGAAGUGGUGCAGUGACCAAUCAGAAAUCAUAUCCAACCAGUACAACAAUGAGCCUGCAAACAUAUUUGAGAAGAUAGAUGAAGAGAAUGAGGCAAACUUGCUAGCAGUCCUCACAGAGACACUGGACAGUCUCCCUGUGGAUGAAGACGGAUUGCCCUCAUUUGAUGCCUUGACAGAUGGAGACGUGACCACUGACAACGAGGCCAGUCCUUCCUCCAUGCCUGACGGCACCCCUCCACCUCAGGAGGCAGAAGAGCCGUCUCUACUUAAGAAGCUCUUACUGGCACCCGCCAACACUCAGCUCAGCUACAAUGAAUGCAGCGGUCUUAGCACUCAGAACCAUGCAAACCACAACCACAGGAUCAGAACAAGCCCUGCAGUUGUUAAGACCGAGAAUUCAUGGGGCAAUAAAGCAAAGAGCAUUUGUCAACAGCAAAAGCCACAAAGACGUCCCUGCUCAGAGCUUCUCAAGUAUCUGACCACAAGCGAUGACCCUCCUCACACCAAACCCGCAGAGAACAGGAACAGCAGCAGAGACAAAUGCGCCUCCAAAAAGAAGUCCCAUACACAACCGCAGUCGCAACAUGCCCAAGCCAAACCAACAACUUUAUCUCUUCCUCUGACCCCAGAGUCACCAAAUGACCCCAAGGGUUCCCCAUUUGAGAACAAGACUAUUGAGCGAACCUUAAGUGUGGAACUCUCUGGAACUGCAGGCCUAACUCCACCCACAACUCCUCCUCAUAAAGCCAACCAAGAUAACCCUUUCAAGGCUUCUCCAAAGCUGAAGCCCUCUUGCAAGACCGUGGUGCCACCAUCAUCAAAGAGGGCCCGGUACAGUGAGUGUUCUGGUACCCAAGGCAGCCACUCCACUAAGAAAGGGCCAGAGCAAUCUGAGUUGUAUGCACAACUCAGCAAGUCCUCCGUGUUCAGCCGGGGACACGAGGAAAGGAAGACUAAACGGCCCAGCCUACGGCUGUUUGGUGACCAUGACUACUGUCAGUCAAUCAAUUCCAAAACGGAUAUACUCAUUAACAUAUCACAGGAGCUCCAAGACUCUAGACAACUAGACUUCAAAGAUGUCUCCUGUGACUGGCAGGGGCACAUCUGCUCUUCCACAGAUUCAGGCCAGUGCUACUUGAGAGAGACUUUGGAGGCCAGCAAGCAAGUCUCUCCUUGCAGCACCAGAAAACAGCUCCAAGACCAGGAAAUCCGAGCUGAGCUGAACAAGCACUUCGGUCAUCCCAGUCAAGCUGUUUUUGACGACGAAACAGACAAGACCAGUGAACUGAGGGAUGGCGACUUCAGUAAUGAACAAUUCUCCAAACUACCUGUGUUUAUAAAUUCAGGACUAGCCAUGGAUGGCCUAUUUGAUGACAGUGAAGAUGAAAGUGAUAAACUGAGCUACCCUUGGGAUGGCACGCAGUCCUAUUCAUUGUUUGAUGUGUCGCCUUCUUGCUCUUCUUUUAACUCUCCGUGUCGAGAUUCAGUGUCGCCACCCAAAUCCUUACCUUCUCAAAGACCCCAAAGGAUGCGCUCUCGUUCAAGAUCCUUUUCUCGACACAGAUCGUGUUCCCGAUCACCAUAUUCCAGGUCAAGAUCAAGGUCCCCAGGCAGUAGAUCCUCUUCAAGAUCCUGCUACUACUAUGAAUCAAGCCACUACAGACACCGCACACACCGCAGUUCUCCCUUGUAUGUGAGAUCACGUUCAAGGUCACCCUACAGCCGUAGGCCCAGAGGUGGUCGACCUAAUGAUGAAGUUAUGCUUCCCAGGUAUGACAGCUACGAAGCGUAUCAACAUGAGAGGCUGAAGAGGGAUGAAUACCGCAGAGAGUAUGAGAAGCGGGAAUCUGAAAGGGCCAAGCAGAGGGAGAGGCAGAAGCAGAAAGCAAUUGAAGAACGCCGUGUGAUUUACGUCGGUAAAAUCAGACCUGACACAACGCGGACAGAACUGAGAGACCGCUUUGAAGUUUUUGGUGAAAUUGAGGAAUGCACAGUAAAUCUGCGGGAUGAUGGAGACAGCUACGGUUUCAUCACCUACCGUUACACCUGUGAUGCUUUUGCUGCUCUUGAGAAUGGAUAUACUUUACGCAGGUCGAAUGAAACUGACUUUGAGCUGUACUUUUGUGGACGGAAGCAGUUUUUCAAGUCUAACUAUGCAGACCUAGAUUCAAAUUCAGAUGACUUUGACCCUGCUUCCACCAAGAGCAAGUAUGACUCUCUGGAUUUUGAUAGUUUACUGAAGGAAGCUCAGAGAAGUUUGCGCAGGUAACGUGUUCGCUGGCUGAGGAUGACAGAGAGAUGGUCAAUACCUCAAGGGACAGCGUGUCCUUUCCCAAGACUCUUGCAAGUCAUACUUAGGAAUUUCUCCUCCUUUACACUCUCUGUACAAAAAUAAAGCAAAACAACAACAACCACCAUACUAGAACAAGAACAACCACGGUUUACAUGAACAGAGCUGCUGAAGAGAUGGAAUGAUAAUCCAGUAAGCACACGUUUAUUCACGGGUGUCAGCUUUGCUUUCCCUGGAGGCUCUUGGUGACAGUGUGUGUGUGUGUGUGUGUGUGUGUGUGUGUGUGUGUGUGUGUGUGUGUAAUUGUUUAGGAAGUACAUGUGUGCACAUGUGAGGACUUGGGGGCACCUGACCAGAAUGAACAAGGGCAAACCCCUUCAAAUGGCAGCAUUUCCAUGAAGACACACUUAAAACCUAGAACUUCAAAAUGUUCAUAUUCUAUACAAAAGGAAAAUAAAUAUAUAUAAAUUAAAAGGAAAGAAAACUCACAAACCACCCUAAAAUGACAUUGCUGAUGUCUGCCGUCAGCCUCCGGUACCGUCUUUUCAGAAAGUGCAAAACCAACCUGCAGCAAGCUCUCUCUCUUAAUGUAACGAUUAUGUGACAAUCCCGAAGACACUACAGGUUCCACAGAACUAAUAUCCUCCCUCCCCCUGCCCCCGUCUCUCUGUUUCUCUGUCUCUCUCUGUGUCUCCCUCUCUCCUUCUCUCUCUUUCCUUUUGCCAUGGAAUCUGGGUGGGAGAGGAUACUGCAGGCACCAGAUGCUAAACUUUCCUAACAUUUUGAAGUUUCUGUAGUUCGUCCUUUGUCCUGACACCUAUGUAUAUGUCCAAAACGUUGAUCUUCCACUGCAAAUUUUGAAAAGCCUUGUCAUUGGUCAAGCGGGGAGUGUGUUGGGCGGUUCCUUCUGAGGAGCAGACGUGGUGUUACAUGACCGCUGAGAGUUGAGUAGGACUCUCUGGAUGUGUUCAGAUAGUGUAAUUGCUACAUUCUCUGAUGUAGUCAAGUAUUUACAGAUGUUAAAUGGAGUAUUUUUAUUUUAUGUACAUACUCUACAACUAUGUUCUUUUUUGUUACAGCUAUGCACUGUAAAUGCAGCCUUCUUUUCAAAACUGCUAAAUUUUUCUUAAUCAAGAAUAUUCAAAUGUAAUUAUGAGGUGAAACAAUUAUUGUACACUAACAUAUUUAGAAGCUAAACUUACUGCUUAUAUAUAUUUGAUUGUAAAAAAAACAAAACAAAACAAAACAAAACAAAAGACAGUGUGUGUGUGUGUGUCCGUUGAGUGUAACUACAACAAAAUGACGCUUCACGCACAUCCAUAUCCCUCCUUAGGAGCUUCGAUCUAAGCAUCUUGUCAACAACAACAAAAAUCCUAGGCCCCUAUAGGUAUUAACCACUUCUGCGAUAUUUUUCCACAUUUUCUUGUUGCUUGUUUUUCUUUGAAGUUUUAUACACUGGAUUUGUUAGGGGAAUGAAAUUUUCUCAUCUAAAAUUUUUCUAGACAAUAUCAUGAUUUUAUGUAAAGUCUCUCAAUGGGGAACCAUUAAAAAAUGUUUUUAUUUUCUCUAUCAACAGUAGUUUUGAAACUAGAGGUCAAAAAAAUCUUUUUAAAAUGCUGUUUUGUUUUAAUUUUUGUGAUUUUAAUUUGAUACAAAAUGCUGAGGUAAUAAUUACAGUAUGAUUUUUACAAUAAUUAAUGUGUGUCUGAAGACUAUCUUUGAAGCCAGUAUAUCUUUCCCUUGGCAGAGUAUGAUGAUGGUAUUUAAUCUGUAUUUUUUACAGUUAUACAUCCUGUAUAAAUACUGAUAUUUCAUUCCUUUGUUUACUAAAGAGACAUAUUUAUCAGUUGCAGAUAGCCUAUUUAUUAUAAAUUAUGAGAUGAUGAAAAUAAUAAGGCCAGUGGAGACUUUCUCCCCAGGGUGCAUGGCGGUUGUCAGGUCGGAGUGUUAGUUCUUCAUCUGGGAAACUCAGCUCCCACAGAAGCAGUGUUCCUUCUCUCACUAGCAUGGCCUCUGACAUGACCAUGAUGUUGUUCGUGGUAACAUUGCUUCUGCUAAAUCUAAUAAUGAUAAUAAUAACAAAUGUCAGAGAAAAAAAAAAAACAAAACCUCCAUUUUGAGCAUCAGGAUUUCAUCUGAGUGUGGAGUUGCUGCCAUGGAAGUCACUAAAAUUUGGAGUAUGUUUUUGAUUUCCAAAUGGAAAUACGUUUACUGUUUGGCUGACGUGACUUUUCUGGAAGAUGUGAUAGACCUAACUAACUACUUACUUAAUUGUUCUUUUCCUUUCUCUCACCCAACACGAUCUUACAAAAUGGGUUUCACCCCCAGGCCGAUGCAGCUAAUUUUGACGGCUGCAUUCAUUUAUCACCAGCAUAUUGUGUUCUGAGUGAAUCCACUGUCUGUCCUGUCGGAUGCUUGCUCAAGUGUUUGGCUUAUUAUUUCUAAGUAGAUAGAAAGCAAUAAAUAACUAUGAAAUAAAAGAAUUGUGUUCACAGGUUCUGCGUUACAACAGUAACACAUCUUUAAUCCGCCUAAUUCUUGUUCUGUAGGUUCGAUGCAGGUAUUUUAACCCUUUGUGAACGCCAAACUAAAGUUUACAGUCUUUCUUUCUGAAUUUUGAGUAUCUUCUGUUGUAGAAUAAUAAUAAAAAAGACUAUUAAGAGCAAUAAAUUAUUUUUAAGAAAUCAAUAUUUAGUAAAUCCUGUUAUGUGUUUAAGGACCAGAUGCGUUCUCUAUUUUGCCUUUAAAUUUUUGUGAUCCAACUUUAAAUACGUUAUCUGUUCGCCCUGGAACAUGGACAUGACUGAAAUACAUGGUUUCUUUUCUUACUUAUCAAAAGACAACACUACAGAUUUCAUGUUGAGGAUUCAUUGACCUCCCUCACCCUCUGGCCUGACAAAUCUUGUUACCAUGAAGAUAGUUUUCCUCCAUGGACUUCAAAUUGCAUCUAAAAUUAGUGAAGCUUUUGUAUCUUAUGCAGACACUGUGGGUAGCCCAUCAAAAUAUAAGCUGUAAGCUGUGUUUCUUUCAUUUUUUUUCCUUCUUUUGGGAGAGAAUAUUUCCAACAAACACAUGCACCCCAACAUCAUGGGAGGCAAAUUUCAGCAUAGAUCUAUAAGACUUUCAGAUGACCAUGGGCCAUUGCCUUCAUGCUGUGGUAAGUACUACAUCUACAAUUUUGGUACCCGAACUGGUGCUUUAGAAAUGCGGGGUUUUUAUUAAAAAAAAAAAAAAGAAAUGUAGCUGAAUAAUUCUUUCAGUGCAACAAAAUUAGUUUUUGUAAAGGACUCUGAGAACAACGGUUGGGCUGUCAACACUCAAAGCAGCAGAGAGGAAACUUGGCACUAUUGGGGUAAAGUGUUUGGGUCAGUUGAAAAAAGGAAACCUUUUCAUGCCUUUAGAUGUGAGCUAACCGUAGGUAAUGAUCAUGUGUCCUUUUCGGAUGGCUGUACCGAGAACUUCAAUCACUGUAGUCUAAGAUCUGAUCUAUAGAUGACCUAGAAUAGCCAUGUAAUAUAAUGUGAUGAUUCUAAAUUUGUACCUAUGUGACAGACAUUUUCAAUAAUGUGAAAACUGCUGAUUUGAUGGAGCUACUUUAAGACUUGUAGGUGAAAGUGUAAUACUGUUGGUUGAACUAUGCUGAAGAGGGAAAGUGAGCGAUUAGUUUGAGCCCUUGCUGGCUCUUUUCCACCUGCCAAUCUACAUGUAUUGUUGUGGUUUUAUUCAUUGUAUGAAAAUUCCUGUGAUUUUUUUUAAUGUGCAGUACACAUCAGCCUCACUGAGCUAAUAAAGGGAAACGAAUGUUUCAAAUCUA